AUGACUACCUUCACCGAACGCGAGCAGAAGCUCAUGGCCGCUGCUUGUCAGUCUUUCGAAGGCGAGCCUAAGCUGGACAUGGACAAGUUCGCCCAGCUCUCUGGCCUUGCUGUUGGCUCCGCUCGCAACGCCUGGGCCGCCCUCAAGAAGAAGCUCUACGCUCACGACUCCACCGCUAUCAAGGCUACCCCCAUCAAGGCCUCCGCCACCAAGUCUGGCAAGAAGCGCCCUCCCCUGUUGUUCUGCCCCCAGCGACAACGGCUCGGACGACGAGGAAGCAAGAAGACCGCCAACUCCGACGACGAGGACAAGCAGAAGAAGGAAGAGGAGGAGGACGAAGGCUAUGUCAAGGUCAAGAACGAGGCUGCCGACGAAGACUUCGAGGAGGUCUAG